GACGUGCGAUCUGAGCGUAUAUACUCGGACUGAGCGCGACCUCCGCGCUAUCACGCUAAUUAUUAUUGCUGAAUUGCUGAGCGAGCCCCUACCAAGUGACAUCUCGCAAACCCGCACAACUCGCACCUCGCAUCUUGACAACCUUCUUACGUUGAUCACUCCCGACAACAACGAAAGAACUCUACCAGACUGAACGACCAUCCUACACGGGUUCAACAUGGCCGCUGUACAGGAUCCUACCCAGAUGGCCCUCUUGGCCGUGAACGCCCUUUUUACGAACCCGGAUAAAGAAGAGAAGAAGAGGGCGAACGAGUGGUUGUCAGAAUUCCAACAUACGAACGAAGCAUGGCAAACAUGUCAUACGAUCUUGACGUCAGCAGAAUCACCCUUGGAAGCUAGGAUCAUGGCUGCACAGACUCUCAGAAGCAAGGUGGUUUAUGAUCUCUCUCAACUACCCGCCGACUCUCUACCAGCCCUACGAGACUCGUUCAUCCAAUCCCUUACGACCUUUUCUUCGCCUACCGCACCUACUGGCUCUCGAGCCAUCGUCACCCAACUAUGUCUCGCCCUCUCCGACUUGGCUUUCCAGAUGCCAGAGUGGAAAGAUGUUGUGCCAGGUAUGAUCGAGAACUUUGGGACGAGGGUGGAAUGCGUAGAGAUGCUGUUGGAGUUUUUGAAAUGUCUGGUGGAAGAAGCUGGGAAUGGGAGGAUUCCCAUCAGCGGCCAGCAAGCGAGAGAUCGGUCCGAGGAGCUAUUGACGAGUCAGACGGAACGGAUACUGGGAUUACUAGCGAUGUAUAUCAAUGCUGCGGGCGUUACCGCUCGACUGCAGGGUUUGGUAUUCGAGACCCUACGUAGCUGGCUCCAGGCUGGUGAACUUGAUGCGACUCUCAUCGCCAGGUCGCCGUUGUUCGCGUUCGCCUUUGACGCCCUGGGCAACAUCGAGCUAUUCGACCACGCCGUCGAUGUCGUCUGCGACCUGAUCCACGAAACUCAGGAGGUGGAGGACAACGUCGAGGUCGUCCAACUGAUCGUACCCAGAGUUAUCGCUCUGCGUGACGCCUUUCACCAGGCCGUCUCGAGUGAAGAAGACGAUUCGGUUCGAGGGUUCUGCCGAAUCUUCACCGAGGCCGGGGAGACCUAUCGUCAACUCAUCCUCGCCCAUCCGGAUACCUUCCUGCCACUCGUCCAGGUCAUCGGAGAAUGCUCGGCUUAUCACGACCUGGAUAUCGUGCCCAUCACGUUCGACUUUUGGUGGAAACUCGCUCAAGCUCUCGGCAAGCAAGCCGAGCACGGUGACAAUCCGGCAUCAUCCCAAUAUGCGCCUUUCAUGGAGGUCUACUCGAAGCUUCAAGAGAGCAUGACCGUGCAUCUUCGGUUCCCAGAGGACGAAUCCAGUCAGACGGCCGAAUCACGAGACGAGUUUAGGGCGUUCAGGCAUCGAAUGGGGGAUACACUCAAGGACUGUUGUUCGGUACUGGGGGCAAAUGUGUGCAUGAAGCGGGCGUACGACUCUGUGAUGGCAGCCUUGCAAAAAGGUCCUGCGGCCUCGUGGCAGGAGAUCGAAGCACCUCUGUUUUCGAUUCGUGCCAUGGGUGCUCAGGUCGACCCUUCGGACGAUGCGGUCUUGCCGAUGAUCAUGGACAUGCUACCCGGGCUACCCAAGCAUACUCGAAUUCAAUACGCAGCCAUCCUCGUCAUCUCCCGCUACACCCACUGGAUCGCCGCUCACCCGCAAUACCUGCCGUUCCAGCUCAGCUACAUCUCGGAAGGCUUCAGCGUGACCGAAAACGACGUCUCGUUGGCUGCAGCGAUGGCCAUGAAGUUCAUGUGCCAGGAUUGCCAGGCACAUCUCGUGCCCUAUCUCGGGCAACUUCAUAGCUUUGUGACAACCGCAGGGCUUUCUUUGACAAUGGAGGAGAAGAUCGACGUCGCCGAGGCCAUUGGAUAUGUUAUCGCUUCGAUGGGUCAAGCCGAGGCGGCCGAAGCUUUGCAGAAGUUCACUCAGCCGUUGCUGGAGAUGCUGCAAUCGGCUACUGCAGGACCGAGGCUGUUGACACGGAACGAGCUGGAUCCUGUCGUCGGCGCUCUUGAUCAGCUUGAAGCCUACAUUGUGAAUGUCGACCCCAUCGACACGUUGUCUCCCGGCUGUAUCGCUACUCCAGAGGCCGUGUAUGGGAUCAUCGAAAACCUGCUGGACAAGUACGCAUCAUCCUAUGGCAUAGCCGACAAGGCGACUCGACUAUUGCGCCGGGGUCUUGGUUUCUUUCCCUGGACGCAUAUUCAACCUCUAAUUCCGAGACUUCUCGCUCGGAUGAUGACAUGCUUCGAGGCCUCCGGACACUCGAGCUACAUCUGGCUGGUCGACCGGACCGUGUCGUUGUUCGGGGAACGGAUGGGGGUACUGGCCGGGUCGUCCGAAGGGGCCGCUUUGGAGACCGCCUUCACCGCGGCUUUGGAGAGGAUGACUACUCAGGUCAAGAGUCUGGAAGUUCAGCAGGGUGCAACCCAGAUUCCUGAUACACUGGACGACUAUAUUCACGUUUUGCGCACCUAUCUCAAGCGACUACCGGCCGUUCUGCUAUCAUCACCCUCACUGCCCGUCGCAUUUGACCUCACAUUGGUCUCUCUCACCUUGCCCGCACCCGAGAUCGUUAUGAACGCCCUCGAGACGAUCGUACGUUUGCUAGAACCGGGCUCGCAAGAAGGAUCGCCAUAUCAGGCCACCAUCACCGCCGCCGCCAAAACUUACGGUCACAAGAUCAUCACGAUCGCCAUCAACGGCAUGGUACAUGAAUACGUGGAACAGAGCCAGGACGCGAUCAUCGACAUCCUCAAGGAGUUGAUCAAGCUGUGUCCCGCCGAGGCCCGAGCGUGGACGUUGGAAGCGGUCCAGGGUUUGCCUGGUCACGUCGCACCCGUGGCGGACAAGCAAGACUUCCACAACAACCUCGAAAAGGUCUUCGCCGAGACCAACCUCGACCUGAUUAAGCCGGCUAUCCGGAUCUUUUUCCGGUCGACGCGUAGAGCCAGGGAUCGCAAGGAGCGAUUAAGAUCAAGUUUGGGCAAUGGGGGGGAUCACUAGAUGGAUAUUUGCGGUAGGGACCCCAGAAAAGAAGCAUUGUUGCGCAUCAAACCCGUUUUCUAGAUCUUAUUUUUGUAUCCUAUAAUGAUGGCAUCAUCGGACAGACGCUCAACAACACAUCGAUUUCACCAUGGAAGGUCGUUCACGUCAGCACUCUGGGCUCUGUGACACCUGGCGGCCGAAAAGCAGGGGACGACGAUCGCUUCAUGGGCAAUUCAC